UCGCCAACUUCAGUUAAAGGCUAGGCCGCCAAAAGUUGAAAGUUGUUGGAUCGGGUCGACCUCAUACUUACAAAUUGGAAUAAAGAUGGAAGUUACAAUUGACAAUUUCAAUGAGGCCUUGAAGUUAAUGAGCUCUGCAUUAGACCAUUGCUCAUUUGUAGCCAUCGAUGGUGAAUUCACAGGCUUACACAGUGGAUCAAGUCCAGGUGUCUUUGAUACUCCAGCAGAGAGAUACCAACAUCUGAAAGAGAACUGCUGUGACUUUCUCUUGAUUCAGCUUGGUGUCUGCAUAUUCAAGUAUGAGAAACAGAAGAAAGGAUAUGGCUAUGUUGCCUAUCCAUUCAACUUCUAUGUCUUUCCAAGGCCGUCCAUGCGAGCUGCUCCAGAUCAAAGAUUCUUGUGUCAGAGUUCCAGUAUAGAUUUUCUAGUGUCUCAUGGCUUUGAUUUCAACAAGCUCUUUUAUAAAGGGAUUGGUUACUUGACGGCAGUAGACAACAUGAGAGUGAAAGAGAUGGUUCAACAGAGGCAUGCACAGUACGAGGGUAAUGCUAGUCUUCUUUCAGACUGUAGUCCAAAUUUCAACUCACCAUCGACAGCUAAGAGACCGGUUGAUGUACCAGAAGAGCACAAGCCAUUUAUAGAUGAUGUUUGUAAAAGAGUUGGGGAGUUUACAGCUGGAACAGAUGAGGAACUCAAACUUGAACCAUGCACAGGGUACCAAAGGAAAUUAGUCUAUCAAACAAUCAAAUCAAGGCAUCCAUCUGGUCUUCACUUAGAUACACACACAACAGAAGAUAAGAAAGAGAGAUUCAUAGUAGUGAGGAGAGUGACAGAGGAAGAGAAAAAGAAAUUAGCACAAGAUAAACUCCAGGCUGAAUUGGAUGACGUAGAUGAGGCUUCGGGGAUCUGUAGAGUAAUGAAGAUGAUUGCAGAGUCGGGCAAGGUCGUCGUAGGUCAUAACAUGAUGCUAGAUGUUAUUCAUAUGAUGCAUCAAUUCACUGGCCCUCUUCCCGAUACCCUUGUUGAAUUCAAGUCAAUGGUUGGUUGUGUCUUCUCAAGGUUACUAGACACCAAGGUCAUGGCCAAUACCCAACCUUUCAAGGAACUCUUUCCAAUCACAGGCCUGACUGAUCUGAUGUGCAAGUGUGAUGAGGAGCCUUUCAGAAGACCACACAUAGUGAUACCACCCACAAAUUUCACUGACUACACGGUGAAUCAGAAGUUCCACGAGGCUGCGUACGAUGCUUAUAUUACCGGUGUGUGCUUUGCGACCAUGGCAAACUACCUGGGAUCCUUCCUGACCCCACCCAAGCCAAGAGUGUCUCCGACGUCAAACCUCAUCGAACCAUUCCUCAACAAGUAAGUUCUA